AUGCGGGGAGGUGAAGGUUACGAAUGCACGUCGAAGGAACAACAGGGCGGCGCAGCGCUGGAUCUCCUCGUGGGCGGCGGCGAGAAAGAUGAGUUCACAAUCAGAAUCGGCAAAGACUACGCGAAAACAGAUCAGAACACGAAAAGCAACCACUACACCCACGGAACCAAAACACAACUAGCACUGCCGGCCACUAAGGUGCACGCACACAAGUUAACCAACACUCGGAAUCCACAAUCCCCACGACACGACCUCCAGGCAACACAGAACUUACUAGACUGCGGCUCGCUGACGCACGGGACAGAGGACACCGGAGAGUACACCCAACACACGAGCACACACGAUCUAGAAGCCACGGACUGCACAGCACAACACUCACUCGAAGACAACGAACGUCGCACACAAUCAGAACCUAUGAGGAGACAGAGGGAGACGACACACAAAGACGACAACAUGGACACCUCAGAAAAGAAAACCACAAGGAGGAGGACCAAGAAGCUACGAAAGACCGAAGGAAAAAAAAAAUGCGACGGACGAUACCGAACGAACAAAGGACAUCGCAGCACAGCGCGGCGUACACUGGGCCGCACACAGAGCGGACACAACAAUCAAACCACUCUCUCGGACUCCGCAAAGGGUCUCGCAGUCAAGUGCGCCAAGGGAGAGCACGCGGACACUCUGACAACUCUCUCGUGCGGAUACGAGAAGAACCACACACGACUCUCGCUAGACGCAGGGGGACGCAGAACGGGGGGCGGAGGCAACCGACGGGACGCCCUCAAACACAAAACGGGUGGUGGGGGUGGUUGGGUUAUGGUGUGGUUUAAUUUUGGGUGUGUGAUUGGGUGGGGUGUGGUUUUGUGUGGUGUGGGGAGAGAGAGGGGAUAUAGGGGGUGGGGUGUUUGUGUGGGGGGGUUAAUGUUGGGGGGGUGGAUGAUAUGGAAGGUUGGGGGGUUUUGGGGGGGGGAGGUGGAGUAA